AUGCGUCAAAGUUCGAGCACCUGCUCCACCCUGCGCGGCGGCACAAGUGGUGACGCCGGCGGCGGCGUCAUGCUAUUUGGGGUACGCGUCGUGGAGGGGGAUUCGUUCGGAAAGCGCAAUAUAAAGAAAAAGCGAGCAAGCAAGAACGGAAUCCUCCGGUUGGAGCAGCGGCACGAUUUCGGCGCUGGCAUCGCCGCCCGCAGCCCCUCCGACGACGGUGCCGCCGCUUCCGAUGGGAGGAGGGAGCGCAAGCGGGGGCUUAUUCCAUGGACGGAGGAAGAACACGGGCUUUUCUUACUAGGGAUGCAGAAGCUAGGGAGAGGGAAGUGGACAGGAAUCUCCAGAACGUUUGUCAAGACACGCACACCUGGUCAAAUUUCCAGCCAUGCUCAAUAUUACUUUCGCUGGCUAAACAACUGCGACGGGAGACGAGGUCGUCGCAAUAGAAUCUACGACUCCGCCGCUGAAGAAGAAGAAAAAAAAGGGCAGAGGCAAACAGAAAGCACAACCUCCCCUCUUGAACUAACUCUCGGUGUCGGACGAUUCCAUACCCUUUGCCGUUCGAAGGAGGAGAAGAAAGGAACCGCCCCUCAUAUGAUUUUGUUUGGAGGGAGUUCAACCGGACGGUUUAGCCUGGCCUGA